AUGACUCAACAAAUGAUGGCUCUAGUAAAUGGCUCUAUUGUGACAGAUUUCAUUCUUUUGGGAUUAACAGACCAGCCUGACCUCCAAAGGCCUCUUUUCUUACUGUUUCUAUUAAUGUAUAUUAUCACAGUGUUUGGUAAUUUGACUUUGAUAAUUUUAAUUGUGUUAAAUGCUCACCUACAUACUCCCAUGUACUUUUUCCUCUUUAACUUAUCUCUUGUAGAUCUCUGCUAUUCUUCUGUAAUUACACCAAAAAUGCUAAUGAAUUUCAUUCUAAAGAAGAAUCUUAUCUCUUAUGUGGGAUGUAUGUCCCAACUCUACUUCUUUUGUUUUUUCAUAAUUUCUGAAUGUUAUGUACUGGUGUCAAUGGCCUACGAUCGCUAUGUUGCUAUCUGUAAUCCACUGUUGUAUAACACUGCCAUGUCCCCAAGGGUAUGUUCUUAUCUCAUACUUGGUUCAUAUUUGAUGGGAUUUUCUGAUGCUAUGAUCCAUACUGGUUGCAUGCUCAGACUGACUUUCUGUGAUGGAAACAUCAUCAACCACUAUUUCUGUGAUGUCCUUCCUUUGCUGCAGCUUUCCUGUACCAGCACCUAUGUCAAUGAGACAGAAAUCUUCAUUGUAGGGGGCAAAGACAUCAUUCUGCCCAGUGCCAUCAUCUUUAUCUCAUAUGGCUUUAUACUAUCUAACAUUUUUCAAAUAAGAUCCACUCUGGGCAGGUCCAAGGCCUUCAGCACCUGCAGUUCGCACAUAAUUGCUGUUUCUCUGUUCUUUGGAUCGUGUGGAUUUAUGUACCUGAAACCUUCCUCUGCUGUAUCAAUUGAUCAAGGAAAAAUCUCUUCCAUUUUUUAUACCAUUGUGGUUCCUAUGUUGAACCCCUUAAUUUAUAGCUUGAGAAAUAGAGAUGUUAAAGUUGCCCUGAGAAAGAUCUUGAAUAGGAGGAAGUUUUUAAAAAUAUAG